AUCUGAGGCAGGAAGUCGGCAGACUCCUACAACAAUCUCUGUCUACAAAUACAUGGGCCACUUACCAAACAGGCAUCAAUGCCUUGCACCAGUUCCGGUCCACACACCAGCUACAAGAGGUGUGGCCAGUCCCGCUGGAUCAGUUUGGAUGGUGGGAUCCAGCUACAUGGCCAGGGCACGGCAGUACUUGCUCCUGAAGGGCACCAGUCCGAACCAACCGAGGAUGCUAUGGCUGGCACGAGGGGGGAUGAGGUGGAAGGAGCUGGACACUAUUCUGGAUGCACAGGUCAAGGCGACACGGCGCAGCCCCAGAGCCCUCAUCAUUCACCUGGGCUCCAACGACCUGUGCUCGGUCAAGGGCAGCCAACUCUACCUUGACAUGGUGGCAUCAAUCCUUCAGAUACAACUCCAGCUUCCUGACACCAAGAUCAUCGUAUCCUCAAUUCUGCCCAGGCGCUACUGGCACGAUGCCAGGGAUCCACUAAAGAUCGAGGGGAUGCGGAAGAAUAUCAACCGCCGACUGGCCAACCGAGUCAAAGAGCUCGGCGGUACAAUGGUGCCACAUCCCCAGAUCCUGGCAUCAGACAAGACAUGGUACGCCUGGGAGGGCGUCCACCUCAGUGACAAACGAUUGUGUGUGUUUACGGACAAUUUAUUGCAUGCCCUGGCGCUUGUUUUGCGCCAGUAAGGAUAUUAUCUCCACAGGUUAGUGUUUCUUUUCAGUACAUAGGCAAGCGGGGCA